AUGUGUUCGCUGAGUCCUACUGGUGCAGCUUCACCAGACCAACUUGAUCCAUGGGUAUUCCCACCGGACACCAACGCCAUCCCAGAAGAUCAGUACGUCGACCUCGAAGUGCUGGAUAUCUCAGCCUUCAACGUUCCGGAUGAAUUGGUCCCAGGGCGCGCAAGCGAUACACUUCUCGAAUCUCAUAAAGAACUUAUCACUCGGGCAUUUGAGGCAUUUAGGACCAUUGGCUUCGUUGCGAUUAAGGGACAUGGCUUGUCGCACGAUGAUAUAAGGCAUCAAUUCAAUAUUGGAAAGUUGCUAAACUACGGAGUGUCUGAGGAAGAGAAGAGAACACUUCAUGCGCAGAUUUGGGAGGGAAGUUGGGCAGGAUACAAGCCCCAGGGCUAUUAUAACCGUCCUGAUGGUGCCUUUGACUAUGUCGAGCAUUAUGACUUGUAUCCUUGGACGGCCCUACGAUCACGGAUGCCAAACAUUGGUCAACGACUGCUCAAGGACAUUCGCCAAUUCAUUGAGCACAAUCACUUCAUCAUCCUACGCAAAAUUCUGGCCAUUUUAUCGCUAGGAUUGGGCCUAGAAAUCGAUACGUUGUGGAAGAUUCAUCAUCGGGGAGGUGUUCUUGACAAGGGUGUGUUGAUUGAUGCACCCGCAGAUCACGUCAAAUGGCAACAUACCAAGGAUCAUUUGCGCUAUGCCAUGUAUCAUCCACCUACUGAGGAAGACCGAAUAAAGAGGAAGUACCUUUGGGUCCCUGGUCAUACCGACUUGGGAUCCGUGACUUUUCUAUACUCACAACCUAUUGCUGGGUUACAAAUCUUGACGGCUCCCGAUGAAUGGCGAUAUGUACGCCACUAUCCUGAUCAUAUCAUUGUCGAUCUCGGGGAUUCCAUCGAGUUCUUAACAGGAGGUAUACUGAAAGCCUCACCUCAUCGUGUAAUUGAGCCGCCAGAAGACCAACGACACCUCGAUCGACUGGGGAUAUUUUAUUUCGUCCCCUUCCUCGGCGACACUGUCCUCAAGCCAAUCGAUCACCCGUCGAUUCACAAGUUCGGUAUCAAAGACUUCUUUGAGGAAUACUAUGCAUUGGGCGGACAGCCCAUCACAGCCGAAGGUGUGCCGCCUUUGUUUUCCUCUCGCUACCCUUAG